AUGACAGCAACCAACGGAUGCAACCACGAAGAGUGGGAUACCUAUUACAAAUGGGAGCCUGGACUUGCAUCUUUCCACCAGAAGGCCCAAGAAGAGCAGAACCACAUGUUCCUCCAGAUCGAUCAAAACGAUAUUUACGCCUCACAAUGCCUUGGGAAGCUCGUCAAGAUCGACUCACUGGACAGGCUAUAUGACAUCCAAAGCGGACUUGCUGUUUAUGAUGAAUCAAUGCACUUUCUCAAACAGAUCAACUUCUACCAAGUCGUGGCUGAGCCAAGUGUCUGGCGCCACCAGACCGCAAUCUAUCAACUUCUGGUUGACCUGUGUGGGCAGCUUGAAGAGUUGGUGUAUAUUGUCGAAAGUGCAUUUGAGUUUAGUCCCGAACAUGCUGAGCAGAUGAUCUUGAACAGCUAUAUUAAGUGGCGCUGGCAUCUAUGCAGUGUGGUGAUUGACGAUAUCAAAAAGCGAGUGGAUGAUCUGAGUAAAGAUUUCGGGCGUUGGACCAGACAGACCCCUGGAGAAUAUGGGGACAUCUUUCCUCCGAACCCUCUCGACCAGGAAACUGAAACUAACGCAUCGGAAGUGUCGGAGAUUCGAGGAAUGACUAGGUUUGGGGCAGUAGCAAUGAAUUAA